UUGGAUCAUUCAGGACUUUCUAGGGCAGUUAAUGGAUGUUAAUAUUGUUUCUGAAGAAAAUUGCAAAAUAACUCGCUGGGCUUUAGUGUAGAAAUAAACCGACAAAGCGGCGCGGCACCAUAACGCGCCUCUGCAAGACAUCUGUCUUAGAGAUAAAAGUCGAAAAUAGAAAAAAAAAUAACUAAAAAAAAAGCCGUUGUCGGUCUGCCGCUUGAUCAUGCUGAAUUAUUUAGCCGUGUUGUGGAAAACACGGGAGCGCGAGCACCUGUUUGUUGUUGUUUUGCUCUCUGUUGCCCACACGCACGAGCGCCGGAUCAAAGUCGUCGGGAUGGUAAAAUGAUUCUUUUUUAGCUUUGAUAACCUUCACAGAACUUCAAACGAGAUUCCCUUCAUAUGACUUUAACGCAACACCUAUAAAAUCACUAUGGUAUGAAAACCAGAAGGUUACCAAAUAUUGUUAUUUAUGUAUUUUCUUAGUCUACAUUAUGCGGAUGCUUGAAUAUUUUUUUCGCUUAUUUCCGAAGGGGCAGUUGCUCAAAGUUGAGCCACUAGGAGGAGCUCAAAUUUCCAGAAAACUUUAUUUGUGGAUGAAUUUUUUUUUGGCUUUUUGUCUGCCAGUCAACUGCACGGCAAUCCAAUCGUUUGUGAUGCCGAGGACACGCGCUUCCGUCUCGCGCUUCGUGCCGCUUAUAUACUCCGUCACAUCGCCGUGGGCACGAGCGCCUCUCCUAAUGUUUACAGCAGUGUGGAACAUUCCGCAGCGUGGACUCGACUGCGCACUACAUCGCCCACGGCAAAACCGGGCCGAUGGCCCAGCCUUCUUAAAGGAGCAGGGGGAACGCGGAGAGAGCGGCUCCCGGGCCGAGCCGUGUGAGAGCCCUCAGCCGGGCGAAUUGGACGUGUUUUAUAGGGCAGCGAUCGCGGUGCCGAAUAUCCGUGUGGCUUACCAGUCAAGGUCGCCUGUGUUCAGAACCCUCUCCAGGUCGUCCAGUGGAUAUUUUUCGUUCGACAGCGAACCGAGUUCUCCGCUAAUCACCCAUAGCACCGCCACUCAGACCCCGAGUCCGUCUAGUCAAGUGAUAACUCACGCCCUGCAGCGCAUUUCAGAAGCGCGAGGCGACGCGCACAAUCAUGAAUUAUGGCCUGCUCUCCAUAACCACUAUCCACCCCACGGAGCAGCAUCUGCGGGGGACAUGCAAGCGGAGCGAGAGAUUGCGCGAGAGUUGCGGCGCAUUGGCGAUGAAUUUAACCAGCUUUAUUUUCAUGAGGCAGAAAGAAACGGCGGCGUGGCCCCUCAACAGGCCCAGAACGAGCCGGCCAUCAUGGUGUGGAUGGGGCUCCUGAUUGGUCGGCUGUUACAUUUCUUCCUGAGACAAAGAUGAUGGACAGAGAGAGCACCCAGCAGACAAGUAGCACCAGACUGUAGAUAUGUAAAUACACAGCAUCAGAAACUGCUCGCUCUCGCUCUCGCUCUCUCUCUCUCUCUCUCUCUCUCUCUUUCUAUCUGUCUCUUUCUGUGAGAGCACCUGAUUAUAUAUCAACUGAAAGCAGACGACUUUGACAUUCCCUGUCCAGAAUUAGGAUGUGCUGGUAUCGGGUGGGGAAUUCUGGGAUUUAACAUGGAUUCAUGGACAGCUAUGUUUCCUGCAUGAACAUGAAAAGCUGAGCCAUUAAAACACUGGGCGAGACCUCUCUCUCUCUCUCUCUCCCUCUCUCUCUCUCUCACGUUCCCCCUGUCUCCCUCUCUCUGUCUGUCUGUCUCUCUCACUCUCAUCCCUCUCUCGUCUCUCUCUCUCCAGAAGGUGUUUUUGUAAAGACAUUUGGAAACCGUGCCUUCAUGGCCUCAGUGCUUUAGUCUUUCACCUUCGGUGCCUGUUUUCCGUUUCUUUUGUUUGUUUUUUUUCUUUUGCUUGUUCGUUUUUAAAUUGUGUAUAUCUUUUUAUCUGCCUUUUGUUCUGUAUUUAUUUGCCUCUGUUAUAUUUAAGUUGUGUUUUGUUUUCUUGUUGAAAAUGGAAGUGGAUUAGUUAGCGGUAAUGUUGCAGUUCUGCCUACCCCGUUUUUUACUGACUUGCUCUUUACCGAAAUUUGCACUUCUGUUCAAAUCGUAUCCACACAACGUUACAUGGAAUGUUCCGGAUAAGCAUUUAUUGCCUGAAGAUCUCGGUGUAAACAAGGAAACAUGCGACUGGUUAUCAGAGGCUUAUGAGAGCUGUAGAAACGGAGCCACCUUCUGGCUGAGGGACAGCCGGCCCUUAGUACGGGUGCGAUUUUCCACACUGUUAUUCUCCAGAGAACCCUUUCACGCUUUGAGGCCAAGUGACCUAAUACUGUUGAAGCACAACACCAACCCUCACGGAGCAGCCUUUAUGAAAACGAAUGAAAGUGAGCAAGAGAGUUUUCUACACAGUGACGAAACUUCAAAGUGAUUUUGAUGAAAUUUAUAUUUUUAAACAAAUGAAUGAUUUUAAUUGUUUAAAAUUGGACCCAUGGUGAAAUGUAAUGAAUGAAAGGUUUUAUUAAUACACAUGUGGUUGGUCAGGUGUGGUUGCAUUGGCCGUUUCAUCGUGGGUGGUACGUCCACACUGUGUGUGUGUGUGAGUGCGUGUGAGAUUAAAGCUAUUCAGCGGAUUUUCAAGCGGUUUUAUUUUCUUGCUGACCCAGAACAGCCUUAAUCACGAGUCUAGAGUCAACCUUGAUGUAAUGAUGUUAUAAAAAUAGCCUCAGCGACUGUAGAGUUUAAAACACUCGGCUUCCUUCACGAUUCAGUCAAUGGCAUUAACGUGCAUCUCCACUAACCGUUGAUUAUGCAUUGCUAUUUCCCCAGUAUUGCAUCGAGACCUACAUUAUUGGCACUUAACAACUAAUACGUUAAUUAUGUUAAAUAUGGUAACUGAUGUUAAUAGACAUCUAGAUGAAUCAACUGAUUUGUGUCAUUGGUUUUGUUGUUUUGUUGUUUUUUUUUAAUCAUUCCUUUCAUUCCCAGUGAAAUUUCUCAUUACAAGCGGUCUUUAGCUUGUGUUAACUGUUUCAGGUUUAGCAAUCAAACCAAAGAACUUUUUUCAACAUACUGUAACAGUUGAAUUUUGCAUUAUGUUCUUUGAUGUGUUUGCCUUGUGUACAAUCAACCAUAUAAAGAUGGGGAUAGAAUCGAUCUCCCGGUAUCAGAAAUGUCAUAUAGUCCAUGUUCAAAUAUUUGUGCACCUUCCUUCCUACUUUUUUCCACCAAACAAACAGAAGAUCAUUUACAGGUCGAUCUGCAUUCCAGUUCACUGGCUUUUUAACCAGAUUCAGUCUCAUUACCUGCAAAUUAACUGAUCCACCUCACAGACCCAGUACAUUUGUAGCACAAUGUCUGUCUUUGAUUCUCUUUUUUUUAUUUUAAAUUUGUUGAUUGCACUGAAUCUUUGCUCUGCUGACCUUGUGCAAUACUGCUGUAAAUAAAAGCUUCUUUUUCAUCUUUCUAAA